AUGCAGUUUCCUGCAUUUUUCCUGGCUGCCAUUGUAGCAGGGAAACGACCUGAUACAAUAUGGUUGCCAGAGGCUGAAACCCUAUUCGACUCGCACUUCGCUUUGGAUCUCGAGAAAAUAAAGGAACUGGAAAUCAAGCAUGAGUUUCAAGUGCCUCUGGAGGUCUCGAGGUAUUACAAAGACUACUGGAUUCUUCAUAACGAGGACUACAUUUGCAUCUAUAACAAGAAGCAGAAUCAACCGUACAUGGUGACGGGCAAAGGGAUCAGAUGGAAUUCUUAUGAUCGCGUUUUGAGAUCUAAGGUUGUCGAUCCUCGCUCCAGUUCGAAAAACACGGGGAUUCAGCCUCUGUUUCUCGCUGAGAUGGCGUCCUCUAAGUUGAGGACUACCCUUGCCAGAUCAUCUAACAACUUCUUUCCAUCAAACACAAAUGCACACGCGGAGUUUCUAUUCAAACUUCUUCCAAAUCUUGCUGAACGAUAUCCUGAAUCGAAAUUUACCUUCAUCCCUUUCUACAGACAUGGUAGAGUGUCAUCCAUCAGAUAUUUGUUCCAGCUUGAUAAUGGGCAAUCAUUUGGGGUUGAUUUAAAUGUUGCUGAAGACAUAGAAGAGAAAAGUUCUUUGUCGGACAUUCUUAAAAAGCUUGACGACGUAAGAUUUGACAAAAACUAUAUGUUCCAGGCGACGGAUAGCUUCGAAAAUCUCAUAACCCAUCUCAGAAAAAAACGCUCAACGACCCGAAGCAAACGAUCUGCGUACGCUAACGACGCUUCAAUCUUUUUAUGCAAAAACAAAGAUAGCAAAUGGGGAGCUGGAUUUCCCUCACUCCCAGAGUGGGAUCGAUGUGGUGAGGCGCCAAACAACUCAAACACAAACACGGUCGAGUCAACCCAGUGCUGGUGCGAUGACAAGUGCCUAGAGCGAAAGGACUGCUGCACCGACUAUUUGACUUCGUGCAAAGGACAGACAACAUUUCCAGAAUCAGAGUGCAUUGUGGAAGAGGAGUUUGAAUGCCCUGAUCAAACUUACGAAGGCACCACGCUUCUAAUUUCGACUGAUGGCUUUAGAAAAUCAUACCUGGAACGGAAAGAAUUUUUACCAACUUACAUGAAAUUGCGAGAGUGUGGUUCCUAUCCUGAGUUUAUGGAGCCUUCGUAUCCGAGCAAAACCUUCCCGAAUCACCACACACUUAUGACUGGACUCUAUCCAAGCCAACACGGAAUUGUUGGAAACAAAUGGUACGACUGGAAAAAAGAUGCAAGCUGCAACGUCUUCUCGCCUAACACUGGCGACUACUCUUGCAAUGUUUCCUCUCCUGAUGAAGGGUGGUGGUCAGGAGAUCCAUUCUGGAAUACUGUUGAGCGACACGACAUGAUUUCAGCGUCUUGUCUCUGGGCUGGUAAUGAUCUCUCGAUAAAUGGCGAGAAUCCAACUUACUUUUGGGACUAUGGAACAUACGGAGAAGAGCCUUUUGGAUACAGAAUCUAUCAGAUGCUAGAAUGGCUUAAUCUCCCUCCCUAUCCUGGGUCAGGACCAAAGGAAGGUUUCCGGCCGAAAUUUCUCACAUUGUACUUUGACGAGCCAGAUCAUAUUGGACAUGCUUUUGGUCCAUACGACGAGUCCGGAGAGCUCGAUAAAGCACUAAAAAGAGUUGACAUACAACUACAGCAGCUCAUGGAUGGAUUGAAAAUGUACAACUUAGACAAAUGCGUGAACAUAGUAUUGACUACCGAUCACGGAAUGGAGCAGGCUUUAUGCGAGGACAUGGUUGCUGUAGCUCCCCUUUUAGAUGAAGUCAACCCGAAUAUUAUGAGGACUACAAAUCUUCUAACGAAAACAACUACAGCACAGCAGGGUGGUCUUAUGGGCUCAAAUUCAUCAGAUCCUUUUGAUGUUGUCGAGAUUAUAAAUGGCGUCAAGUGCACAUGGAAUGAGAACGGUUUUAAAAUUUAUGACAAAUACUUGGCACCGAAACGCUUGCAUUAUGACAACCCGACUCCGUCUAUUGAGCUCUUGCUUUAUUACAUGAAACCUGCAACGAAAGUAACUUCGUAUCCCUGGAACAAUUGUAACGACGAAGGAUACAUGGGCAACCACGGCUGGGAUUCAAAAUAUGAAGGCAUGAAAGUCCCAUUGACAAUGUACGGCCCUAAAAUCAAAAGAAAUGUCGUUCUUCCACCAAUUCAAAACGUAGAAGUCUUCCGACUUCUCAUGGAUCUUGUUGGCAUAAGAACUGAUUCUCCAAAGUUGAUGGAAAAAUUCUAUUCACAGCAGUUUUCCCUUGACGGACGAUUUGAGCCAGCUUUAAAAAGACCCACGAAUCCCGCUAAAUCAAAAUCAUUUAUUGGAGAAACUAAAUUUCCCGACGGAGUAAAAGUUGAUGAAUCGAUCGACAUAGCUUUUGAUGAGCAUCACAACUUCCCCACAUACUCCAGUUGUUCUUCACUUGACGAGUGUAUGAACAAAUUACGGCUCGGAUUCGAAGACAACUCGCGACUCGAGUUCUUCGAUGAACCUUACUGGUGGCACACACUAAAGGAUGACAUGCUGCCAAGAGUAUUUUCCAACGACGUUAAAUCGCUUCGAUUCGGAACUGCAUUCGAUACAACAGGAACUGGUGUUUAUGUUCCUCCUUCUGAAUGGAUGAACAGGCAGACGAACAAAUGGUGCAAUAGACAGGGUGUUUUUCAACCAUCACACAUGUACUUUAUCCUCGAAGAUCAAGAGGGCUCACUUUAUCCUGCCCUGUAUCCUUGGAGGCACAAUACUUCUGACUCUUUCGCAAGUGAAUAUUCUCCGUGCAUGGUCAUCAAUCAAGAAGAAACACGGCCGCUUUAUUGGGGCAAUUUCAACUGCAGAUUAGUUUACUACAUACCAUUCGUCGAGUGGUGGCAAGAAAAACUAGAAAUGCACUCAGUCAGGCUGCUCGAGAUUGAAAGAUUGACUGGAAUGGAGUUUCUCGGGGAAACAGAGCGUGUAAAACGCAUUGCCUUGCGAUCAACAAUGAAUUUCGAAGGCGACUUGGGAUGGGCUUUUAAAGAACCAAGUUCAUCUCCGAUUGCUGCUCUCGGCUCUAUUCUUUACCUUUUAUUGCUUCUAUUUCUUUAA